UUAUUCCUGAAACCAGAGAUGUCGAUCAAAAAAGAAGAAACGCCCGUAGUAAACUCACCAACUGUCACUAGACAAAAACUUGAGGAAACGGAGGCGGAACUUCGGGAACUGCUAAUUCGCAAAAAGCAACUCGACAAAAGUCUAAAAGCCAUAGAGAAACAGAUCUGGCAAUUUGAAGGAUCAUAUUUGGAGGAAACGAAUUCCGGAGGAAAUUUAAUUCGUGGGUUCGAUGGUUACCUGAGAGCCACGAACGAUAAAAAGAAAAAGUCGGAGGUGAACUAUGAGGAUCGCUUAUUCUCAAGAUCAAGUACAACGUCGGAAAGGGCCAAUAGCAAGGCCGAAGACUCAUCUUCAAGUUCAGAUGAUUAUAAGUCAUCUGGUUUCAAAAAGAUGGGAGAUAAUAUGAAAAAGAAGAAAAAUAAGAAACCCAUAAACUAUACUUAUCCACAGGAGGUUAAGGAGGUCAAACGAAUCCGACUGUCUUUACGAGAUAACGUCGACGACGACUUUGACAUUUAA